AUGCUGGCCACGUCGGCAAUCCGUGGUACCCCGUUGAGGGCAGCUGCACGAAAUAUUGUCCGCAAGACAACCACUCGUGCCGCAUCGUCGAGCUCCUCCGAGGCCGCCUCCUCUCCCUUCUACCUCACAGCAGGCGCCUCUGCCGCGACCCUUGCUUCAAUCGGUUCAAUUGCUUGGUAUUACCAUCUCUAUGGCCGAGAUGUCUUCGCCAUGACGCCGGCCGAAGAAGGUCUGCAUCCGACACAGUACCCAUGGGAACACGUAAAGUGGACAAAAACAUUCGAUCACGCAGCUCUUCGAAGAGGUUUCCAGGUCUACCGAGAAGUUUGCGCCGCAUGCCACUCUCUCAAGCGUAUCCCGUAUCGAGGUUUGGUUGGAACGUUCAUGACAGUCGAUGAGGCCAAGGCUCUGGCGGAAGAGAACGAAUAUGACACCGAACCCAACGAUGAGGGCGAGAUCGAGAAGCGACCAGGAAAACUGUCCGAUUACCUCCCAUCCCCAUACAAGAACGACGAGGCUGCUCGUGCUGCCAACAAUGGUGCUUUGCCCCCGGAUCUAUCGCUCAUGGUCAAGGCCCGACACGGCGGCUGCAACUACAUUUUCAGUUUGCUUACCGGAUAUCCCGAGGAACCACCUGCUGGCGCCACCGUGCAGUCCGGCUUGAACUUCAACCCCUACUUCCCUGGCACUGGCAUUGCAAUGGCUCGAGUUUUGUACGACGGUCUUGUUGAAUAUGAAGAUGGUACCCCCGCAACAACGUCGCAAAUGGCCAAGGACGUGGUUGAGUUCUUGAACUGGACGGCAGAGCCGGAGAUGGACGACCGCAAGAAAAUGGGCAUCAAGGUUCUGAUCAUCGGUACUGUACUACUGGCAUUGAGCGGUUGGGUCAAGCGAUACAAGUGGUCUCCUCUGAAGAACCGGAAGUUGGUCUAUAACCCCCCCAUUGGCCGAGGCAGCCCACCAAGACCUUAA